GCAUGAAUAGAGUAUCUUCACCGGCCAAAAGUUCGUGGUGUUCUUAGUCAUACUUUUAGCUGUUUUAGGCGUUUCUCUUGACGUGGUUUGGUUCGAUGGGGCGCCCUUUUUUAUGUGAGAAAAUUCACAAGAAAUAUCUGUUGGCUGAAAUCCACCCGGAACUGCACAUAAUUGUUUCGAGAAGUAUGGCUGACUCGUCCGACCGCGAAUUCAUAUCGUCUCUACCUGGAUGAAUAUGGAGGUUCUGGAGACUGUGAUGCCCCCAUGACCUCGAGGUCGUCCUCCUCCUCCCUCCCGGCGACGAUAUGAGAAAUACCUGCUCCGCUUCUGCCAGCGUUCAUCACAUCUACUUGGACGGUAUCUACAUCUACGCCACAUCUGCACAAUACCUUCUCCGCCCACUAUGAAGUAUUUGAUGGUGGCAGCUCUCGUGGUCAGUCUGGCGGCCUCGGAGGAGGUCAUGGCCUCGUCGCGGGGCUCGGCGCAGCCCUCGCCCGUCCAGCCCCACGCGCACACACACAGGGUACAGGACGGCGCCGCAGCUCCGCCCGCCCACCGGAAGGAGAGGGUGCGGCACGCGCAUCGCUUGCGGGAACGUUUCCACGGCAAGAGGAAGCUCCACCGCCUCCACUUCCUUGACUACCAGCAGGACACGCCCCUGCACUUAUACGAGAAGCCCCAACGUGACUCCGUGAGGGCGUUCGACCAGGCCUACUUCUGGUCCUACUCAGGAAUCGGGACGCCGAGCGACCUGUGGCAACAGGCCAUCAGGGUCCUGCCGGGCGACGGCAAGGACGCGAAACCGAAGCCCAUGGCGAUGCCGGUGACGGAGAACCUGAAGCGGGAUCCGGACCCUGUCGCCUAUUACGGCCUCCCGAAGGAGCUGAUGCCGAUCCACCCGGGAGGAGGAUCCAGGUUCGAGGACCUGGAGAAGGAGCGUCUGGAGAGAGCGAAACUGGCUCACACCAAAGACGACGGAGACGACACAGAAAACGGUGCUGGCCACGACGCGGAGGGACUCUACAGUUCCGCCGCCGCGCCCUUCCUCUCGCUCCCCGCCGUCAUCGUCGCCAGCUGCGUUAGGUUCAUUCUAUAGAUCCCGUUUACCAGACACUUUUAUUAUUCCUGAAAAGAUGUCUAAUGUUAUCGAUUUUUUAAAGCCUUUCACGGUCACGCAAGUUGAUGAAUGAAUAUUUAUUUUAUCCUGAUGAAUACGAUGAACUUUUUAAUAGGUGUUAAGCAAAAUAGAUUUAGUGCUAUGAAUAUAUUGUUGUGCCACGACACAUAGUGAUAUUGUAUGUGUGUGUAUGAGGAUGUAUGUGCGCGUGCACAUACACAUACACUAGCAUACAUUUAAACGCGCGCGCGCGCGCUUGUGUGUGUGUGUGUGUGUCUGUGUGUGUGUGUGUCUGUGUCUGUGUCUGUGUGUGUGUUCGUUUAUGCGUAUGUAUGCUUAUGGAGAGAGGAUAUAACAUAAAAUGAAUAUAAAACACCUUUUCCAUUAUUUGUAACUUCACUACGAUCUUGGAGGUCCUCAGUAUAAUCCCGAUAUCUCAUUCUUUGUGGAUCAUUCUGUGCAUAUUAUUUUUGUAAAUGCAGUUGUUUUGUGAUUUUGUUUUUGUUGAGCGAAAACAGGACAAUGUCUCUGCUAUCAUAAAAUAUGAAUUUUGCUUCCAGAUAAUAAAGCAAAUUUGUGCAUAAGUAUUGUGUGUGAGGAAUAUGUAAACAUUGUUGUUUAGUCAGUAGUGUGUAAGCAUGAAAAGCAAACGUUAUGAAAUAUCCAUCCAUAAAGUUUGAAAAUAAAAGUAGAAGCAUGAAAAUAUCAUAAUAAAUAAAUAAAUAAAUAAAAAGAAGAAAUACUAUGAUGAUAAAAAGUUAGUGUAUUUACCUGUCACACCCUGUUGUUUUUCACGGGCACAGUGUGAUUCAGAACUGAACCAUAGUUUGUACUGUUUAAGUUUUUUGUUCGAUGAUAUAUACUGCACGCACGUACACACACACACACACACACACACACUCUCUCUCUCUCUCUCUCUCUCUCUCUCUCUCUC